CGGCGGCGGCUGAGCCCGCGCCGAGCCCGCCCCCCGCACGCGCCCGCCAGCCGCCGACAUGGUGCUCACGCUCGGAGAAAGUUGGCCGGUGCUGGUCGGGAAGCGGUUCCUGAGCGUGUCGGCCUCCAAGGAGUGCGGGGGCAGCGGCCACAGCUUCGAGGUAGAGCGCGUGGACGAGUGGCCCUGGGUAUCGGGCACCAUCCGGGCCGUGUCCCACAUCGACGUGACCAAGAAGGACCUGAAGGUAUGUGUGGAAUUUGAUGGAGAAUCAUGGAAGAAGAGAAGAUGGAUCGAAGUAUAUAGUCUUCAAAGGAAGGCAUUUUUAGUGGAACAUAACCUGGUUUUGGCUGAGCGGAAGUCUGCUGAGAUUGUGCAGUGGCCUGCAAUACUAUACAAAUCCCUAUUGGACAAGGCUGGUUUGGGAUCCAUUACUUCUAUUCGUUUUCUUGGAGAAGACAGCAGAGUAUUCGUUUCUAAAGAACUUCUGAAACCUAUACAGGAUGUAAAUGGUCUUCGACUUUCUCUGAUGGAUCAUCAGAAUAUCAGUAAAGAAUUUCAAGCCUUGAUUGUGAAACAUUUAGAUGAAAGCCAUUUAUUACAAGGUGACAAAAACUUAGUUGGUUCAGAAGUAAAAAUUUAUAGUUUGGAUCCAUCUACCCAGUGGUUUUCAGCAACUAUUGUAAAUGGCAAUCCAACCUCAAAAACACUCGAAGUGCGCUGUGAAGAGAUUCCAGCUCUAAAAAUUGUUGAUCCGGCACUGAUUCAUGUUGAAGUUGUACAUGACAGUCUUGGGAAUUGUGGAAAAGCUAAAAGAGUAAGCGCAGUAAAACGAAAGUCCUCUGAGAACAAAGGCGGUCUUGUGUCAAAGCAGCCAAGAUCUUGCUCUGAGGCAUCUUCCAGUCCGGCUCCUGUGCAACCGGUUCCCACAACAGGCCUUCGGGAGGUGCUCCCUGCAUGCUCUGCCACAACUCCAGCUAGUAAGAACCUCAGGCAAAGCACCCCUGAAGCGGCUAAUUCUCCACCAGAUGUUGGAGCAAAAUCUCCUCAAGGAGAUCAUGCACAGAGUUUACCCGAAGGAUUUUCUUCCUGUCUAAACAUAAAGACAGAGAUACCAAGAAAGUGCGCAGAUCUGGAGGCACUUUGUCAGCAGCCCACUACAGCUGAAACAGGGGACUUAAAAAACCUAAAUGAACCCAAAGGGAACUAUACUCAAUUGAAGAUUCUGGACCGACUUCCUUUGCCCGGUACACAAAAUUGUAACGAAAGUGAGAAGAAAAACACAGUUGAAUCCGUAGUCAAAUCUCCCGUGGAUGUUCCUUUGGAGGACUUACCACCGCCCACCCAGCAGCCACAGGAGCCUUCCCAGGAAGGAUUGGAGGAGACAGAGACUUCUGAAUUACAGAAGCACGUGGAUUGUAAACCUUCCACUUCAGAUGUUUGUGCUGCCCCAGCCAACGAGCCUGCAGCCCAAGCACCUCUGAAUAGCCUGCCUAACAGUGCUGAGGGCAAGAAUCCUGAAAACUCUUCCUUUGUGUGCCCUUCCCUCUGGGGGACUUUGAAAGAGACUGCCCCCUGUGUGAGGCAUGAAAAUGACAGCUGGCAUGCAGGAAGUGGCAGCAAAGUACAGAGUGUCACCGCUCGGAAAUCGGUGUUGAUGGACCCAGCCAAGGUCAAGAAACUGCAGCAGAGUGGUGAGGCCUUUGUACAGGAUGGUGCCUGUGCAGCUAUUACUGCAAAUCUGUCCAAGUGCCGUGAGUGCCGUCUGGAUAGCUAUCGAAAGGACAAGGACUCCCCUGUCUUUUGCAGAUUUUUUCACUUCAGGAGGUUACAAUUUAAUAAACAUGGUGUGUUGCGAGUAGAAGGCUUCUUGACUCCAAACAAGUAUGAUAUGGAAGCCAUUGGCCUGUGGUUGCCUUUGGCCAAAAAUGUGGUGGGUACUGAUUUGGAUACUGCAAAAUAUAUCCUCGCCAACAUUGGAGACCACUUCUGUCAAAUGGUGAUAUCCGAAAAGGAGGCGAUGUCAACCAUUGAGCCACACAGACAAGUUGCUUGGAAGCGUGCUGUUCGAGGCGUUCGAGAAAUGUGUGAUGUGUGUGACACUACAAUCUUUAACUUGCACUGGGUAUGCCCUCGCUGUGGGUUUGGGGUGUGUGUGGACUGCUUCAGGAUGAAGAAAAAAAAUGUCCAGCAAGGUAGUACAUACAAGACGUUCUCCUGGCUGAAGUGUGUGAAGAGUCAAAUCCACGAACCGGAAAACCUCAUGCCCACACAGAUCAUUCCCGGGAAAGCUCUGUAUGAUGUGGGAGAUAUUGUUCACUCUGUAAGAGCAAAGUGGGGAAUAAAGGCGAACUGCCCUUGUUCGAAUCGGCAAAUCAAGCUCCUCUCAAAGCCAGCCCCGAAGGAGGACACAAGACAGAAUUCUUUAGCUGGAGAAAAGCUUAAUCUAGGAACAGCUCUCCAGCGAAAUAACUGUGUGUUAGACUCAGCAAAUGGGAGCUGCGACCCUGCUGCAAAGCCAAGCUGUGGCACCAAGCCUCUCUGUCCAGUUAGUUCUUCGCCUUUAAACUGGCUAGCUGACUUAACCAGUGGAAAUGUUAACAAAGAAAAUAAGGAGAAACCACUCACAAUGCCAACUUUAAAAAAUGAAAACAAACCUCUCCAGUCUUUGCCCACCUUGACUAAACUUCCUACUGUUCUGCACACCUUUAACAGCACAAUAUUAACACCUGUCAGCAACAACAGCUCCGGUUUUCUCCGGAAUCUGCUGAACUCUUCUGGAGGGAAGACUGAAAGUGGCCUCAAGAACACACCAAAAAUCUUGGAUGACAUCUUUGCUUCGUUGGUUCAAAAUAAGACUUCAAGUGACAUCCCUAAGAAACCUCAGGGAUUGGUUAUUAAGCCCAGCAUUUUGGGAUUUGAUACUCCUCACUACUGGCUGUGUGACAACCGCUUGCUGUGUCUACAGGAUCCUAACCACAAGAAUAACUGGAAUGUCUUCAGGGAGUGUUGGAAGCAGGGACAGCCCGUGAUGGUGUCUGGAGUGCAUCACAGACUGAAUGCAGAGCUGUGGAAACCUGACUCCUUCCGGAAGGAGUUUGGAGAGCAGGAAGUGGAUCUAGUCAACUGUAGAACUAAUGAGAUCAUCACAGGAGCCACAGUGGGAGAUUUCUGGGAUGGAUUUGAAGAUAUCCCAAGUCGCCUGAAAAAUGAUGAUGAACCAAUGGUACUGAAACUGAAGGACUGGCCUCCAGGAGAAGAUUUCAGAGAUAUGAUGCCUUCUCGGUUUGAAGAUUUAAUGACAAACAUCCCAUUGCCCGAGUAUACCAGGAGAGAUGGCAAACUAAAUUUGGCUUCCAGGUUACCGAAUUACUUUGUUCGUCCAGAUCUGGGUCCCAAGAUGUAUAAUGCUUAUGGGUUAAUCACACCAGAAGAUAGGAAGUAUGGAACAACAAAUCUUCAUUUAGAUAUAUCUGAUGCAGCUAAUGUAAUGGUCUAUGUGGGCAUCCCUACCGGACAGCUUGAUCAGGAAGAUGAAGUACUUAAAACUAUCCAAGAUGGAGACUGUGAUGAACUCACAAUAAAGCGAUUUAUUGAAGGAAAGGAGAAACCAGGAGCUCUUUGGCACAUUUUUGCUGCUAAAGACACAGAGAAGAUCCGAUCCUUCCUUAAGAAGGUCUCAGAAGAACAAGGUCAAGAAAACCCUGCUGAUCAUGACCCUAUUCAUGACCAAAGCUGGUAUUUGGACCGCCCACUCAGAAAGCGUCUUCACCAAGAGUACGGAGUUCAGGGCUGGGCCAUCGUGCAGUUUCUGGGGGAUGUGGUCUUCAUCCCAGCAGGUGCUCCACAUCAGGUUCAUAACUUAUACAGCUGCAUAAAAGUGGCCGAAGAUUUUGUUUCUCCAGAGCACGUCAAACACUGCUUCUGGCUCACUCAGGAAUUUCGCUAUCUGUCUCAGACACACACUAACCAUGAAGAUAAGCUACAGGUGAAGAAUGUGAUCUACCAUGCAGUUAAAGAUGCAGUUGCAAUAUUAAAAGCCAACGAAUCUGGCUACAGCAAACCUUAAAUCCAGAGCCUAACUGGAACUGAACUACUGGCAGCUGUUGGGAGUUUGGAAUUCACGUUACCUCAUCCUCCUUUUUAAGUAGUGCCUGACUCGAGAAGGUACUUUGUCUAAUGUACAUUUCUAGUGUUUACAAACACUUGCUGUGUAUAUAUAGUGACUAUCCACUGAUCCCUUGGCCUCCUGAAACUGGGACUUCUCACCUGCUACAGUUUUAAACCAAACAUAAGAAGAUUACCUCUUAUUGAGCUCUGGAAACCACCCACAAACUAGGCCUGUCCGAGCCGACUGUCAAAAUGGAUUUGUAACUACUGUUGGGAGUCUUGGGGGGGAGGGAGGGGGAGCAUAUUUUGUUUUAUGAAUGUUUGGGGAUUUUUCCCCUUAGAGUCCAGAGGAGGAGCCAAGAAUACAGUUGCUGAUGCCGUUCUUAAUGCAUUACCAUAGGACUUGCAUUAAGCAACAGUAAAAAAAAAAUAAAAUCUACUGUACAAUUCAUGGGAUUAACCAUCUUUAAACAAAUGAAAUCUAAUUUAAUUGAGGCUUUGCUAAUUUCUAAGUGUUAAGCAUUUUACAUUAAACAAUAUUCAUUUAAUA